UUUCAAACCAUAACCAAAUUAUAGGAAUCCUUCCAUUUCACAUUCAUUAUUUGGUCAUGUAGCUCUAUCAGCACCUUGAUCGUCGUUGCUCACUGGUCCUGCGGGGCUUAGUAGCCAUCAUGGAGCCUCCCAUCGGUGUUUGCCAGCACUGUAACCAAGCGACAGAGGUAACCUGAGCUGUAUACCCGAGUAAACAAGCAGCAUAGCUACAGAGUCUCCCUUUGUCUCAGUUCAUCCAGCAACUCCAGAAAACUCCACCACACAAGCUUCAUACGGGAAUGCUUUCUCGCAGACUUCAGCAAAAAACGAGGGAAAAUGCCAUCUCACAUUAUGCUCUCCUACCAGUGGGAUGACCAGGCUCUGGUAAGAAACAUAUACGCCCGCCUCAAAGACGACGGUCUGCCAGUGUGGAUGGAUAUCGAAGGAGGGGUGACGGGGAACAUAAACGACGCGAUGGCUGCAGGUGUGGAGGAAGCUGUGGUGAUUUGUCCGUUCAUGACUCCGGCCUACCAGGCGUCCCGCAGCUGUAAGAAGGAGCUCAACUAUGCUGACACCAGGGAGGUCAUCAUCGUGCCGGUCAUGCUGACCAACAACUGGGAGGCCAGCGAGUGGCUGGGGCUGAUCACUGCAGGCCUGCUGUGGGUGGACUUCAGAAAUGCAGAGAGGGACGAGGAGCACUUUGAGAUGUGUCUCAGGUCUCUGGAGGAGGAGAUCAUGUUUAACGCCGGUCACCUCCUGGCAGUUGAAGAACCUCCAAGAGAGGUGGUGGAUCAACCAGAAGCAUCGAAACCUCGCCUGGAGAAGAAACCGGGCCGAGGGUUUCGCCAUGCUCUGUCAAAGCUCUACAUCCACGAGUCAGGUGAGCAUGAUGAGCAGAUAAUCCACCCAACUGGUGACACCAGAACCACAGUGGGGCUCAUUGAGACACCUGGAGAUUAUUGUUACUGGGUGGAGAUCAAGGCCAACGGCUGCAAGUACUACAGGAACGUCGUCACCAACAGAUACCUGGGCUUUGACCCCAUCAGGAAUCAGGUCCACUCAGAGCUCAGUCCGUCUGCGAACGAAGAGUGGCUGAUGUUGGUGGAUGAGACGGACCAGAGCCAUCAGAGAGCCGUCAUCAUCAAGAACAAACACUCUGGGAGGUUCCUCGCAGUUCAAAAUGGCGACUUUAUUGGACUAACAUCGUACAAUGAAGACUGCAAAUGGUUUUUGGAAUAAAAAAACGGGACAAUGUGGUCGCUUCAGUCAAAGACGCAUUCGCUGUUAUGAAAAAGCAGUAGCAAGCAGAACUUGACGGGCGUAUAUCUACAACAAGAGGUUUGGCAGAAAUAAAAUUUAAACAAUGUUACUGUGACGAGAGGAGCAAAUAAUGAACGAUUAAAAUCGUUUUCUCUUGAGGAUUUCUGGUUUCCAGUUGACUGGAUGGCUUUCUUCCGUCUGCAAAAAGGAAAACAAGAGUUUUUAAAUGAUCGAUCUGCUGCCUGGGAGCCAACACUAAAAUAUAAACUUUAAAUAUAACGGUACAACUUACAGCGGUGUCAUCCUCUUUGUAUACUUUGAUGGUCUUGUCGGCCUCAGCGGUGAUCAGUCUGCUCUCCGAGUUGUCGAACAUACAAGCGAAGAUGCCCGACUCGCUGUCCAGGGAUCCAGGCUGCACAGCCGCAUGGAUCCGCUGGAAGUUGUAGCCGGUUCUCCAAUCCCACAUGUGGAUGGUUCCAUUGUCGGCUACAGAGAGAACAGAAAUGUGGAUCAUCUUAAUGUGUUUCUAAUCCAGUACUGUAAUCACCUGCAUCUGUACCUGUGACACGAACCCAAAUAAAAAAAUAAAUCUAUUAUUCCGGAUUCAAAGUUGAAGAUAUUUUUUUUUGAAGACAAAACAAGUGACGGUGGAGCUCGUCGUGAAUACCUCCAGACACCAACACGCCAUCAGAAUUAACAGCCAGAGUGUUGAUGAUGGCGUUGUGGCCCGACAGGUUCUGGAUGAAGUUGCCAUCUGGGAACAUCCACUGCUUGAUGUUGUCCGCCGAGCCAGAGGCAAAGGUGUACCUGUGGGACACAGGGAGGAGGAUGACAACCUGUUCAGCACUUUAUAAACUCCUCAUUUGUUUUAUUUUAUAAACUCUACGGUCAAACAUCUUGAUGUUCUUCAUAACUCAAAAAAAAGGCUUUG